GAUUUGAUAUAUUAAGAGGAAAACAAAAAGAAAAAGGUUUAAAAUAAUGAAUAAUGUGAAUGUGGGCAGUUAUAGUUUGAUGUAAAAUAAAAGAUUAAACAAAAAUCAAGAGCCCCACCAGCCACUCCUUCAAACGUGUCCUACCAACUCUCUUCUAGAAGCAAUUAGGCUCACCUUCCACCUCCAACACCUAUCUCUCCUUCUCUCUCUCCAUAAAACCCUCAACAACAGAAUCAAAAGCAACAUCUUCAUCAUCAUCAGAAGAAGAAGAGAGCUAUGGGAAGAUCUCCUUGUUGCGAGAAAGAACACAUGAACAAAGGUGCUUGGACUAAAGAAGAAGACGAGAGACUUGUCUCUUAUAUCAAGUCUCACGGUGAAGGUUGUUGGCGAUCUCUUCCUAGAGCCGCUGGUCUCCUCCGUUGCGGUAAAAGCUGUCGUCUCCGGUGGAUUAACUAUCUCCGACCUGAUCUCAAAAGAGGAAACUUUACACAUGAUGAAGAUGAACUUAUCGUCAAGCUUCAUAGCCUCCUUGGCAACAAGUGGUCUUUAAUUGCGGCGAGAUUACCUGGAAGAACAGAUAACGAGAUCAAGAAUUACUGGAAUACACAUAUAAAGAGGAAGCUUUUGAGCAAAGGGAUUGAUCCGGCUACGCAUAGAGCGAUCAACGAGGCGAAAGUUUCUGAUUUGAAGAAAAAAGAGGACCAAAUUGUAAAAGAUGUUUCUUUUGGGUCUAAGUUUGAGAAAAUAGAAAAGUCUGGGGACAAGAAGCAAAAUAAGCAUAUUAGAAAUGGGUUAGUGUGCAAAGAAGAGAGAGUUGUUGUUGAAGAAAAUAUAUGCCCAGAUUUGAAUCUUGAGCUUAGGAUCAGUCCACCAUGGCAAAACCAGAGAGAAAUAUCUCCUUGCACUGCGUCCCGUUUUUACAUGGAAAACGGCAUGGAGUGUAGUAGUGAAAGUGUGAAAUGUCAAACAGAGGAUAGUAGUAGCAUUAGCUAUUCUUCUAUUGAUAUUAGUAGUAGCAACGUUGGUUAUGACUUCUUGGGUUUGAAGACAAGAAUUUUGGAUUUUCGAAGCUUGGAAAUGAAAUAAAUGAAUAGAGAAAGAUAAUUUUUAGGUGUGAUAAUGUUAGAUUCUUAAUUUUGCCAUUUUUUACUCCAUCUUUGUUUUCCCUUUGUUUCCCAACAUUUGUAUAUUAACUUGAAAUUUUCAAAUCAGAUUUACCGUCUCA